AUGCUGCAGAGUGAAGAAUACUUGGUCACUCGAGAAAUUCUAGCAGAAGCAGUUGAAAGAAACUGCAGAGACGCCCUUGACCGCUACGGCGGCAUCCAAUACAUUGCUUCUGCGUUGAGAACAAAUCUCGAAGCAGGAAUAGUAGGCGAUCUAACCGACCUUAAAUCCCGGUGUGAAGCCUUUGGUUCAAACAUGCCUACUUCACAAUCACAACCUCAUAGCAUAAAAGGCAUCUUGUGGGAUGCUUUACGAGACACCACUAUCAUUCUCUUGUUGUGUUGCACGAUGCUUUCCCUGGCCAUUGGCAUCAAGAUCAAUGGAGCAGCAGAGGGUAUUGUCUAUGCCCUUUUCUUUAUGCUGGCCUUGUCUUCUGUUGUCUGCUUCGCUGCCGCCGCUCGCUUUCUUAGGGAGACAUGGAUGCUCAGGAAAUUCUCCAAACGGAACGGUGACGUUUGGGUUGUGAGGAAUGGCUUGGUUGAUGUGAUCCUCGAAUCCGACCUCGUUGUUGGUGACAUUGUGUGGUUGAAUACCGGUGAUCGAAUCCCCGCUGAUGGCAUUUUCAUAAACGGUGAUGAUUCGUUUAAGCUCAACGCUGAUUUGGAGGUGGAUUAUUCCCAGAGUCCUUCUCUGUUUACCGGCGGGGAAGUGUCUCAAGGCCGGUGUUGUAUGCUCGUGACGUCGGUGGGCGACAACACAGAGAGAAACAGGCUAAUGAGAAAUAUUGGGGAUGAUCAUCGCCUUCAACUGUUGGAUGCUAUUGAGAAAACCAGCUCUAAAUUCGAUAAGAUUUGGCUGAGCCUUUGGCUGGUCCUUCUGUUGGUGCAAUUCGUCCGUUGUUUCGUUGCGAAGAAGGUUCAGGCGGAUAAGGAUCCCAAGGGAUUGAAGAACAGAAUGGAGGAUUUGAUGAAGGAAGUGGUGAAGAAGGAGAGGUUGAAGGCCAAGGGCUUGUUUAUGAUGCUAUUGGUGCUUGUGUUCGCGAGCAGAGAAGGCUUACCUUUAGCCCUCUUCGUCUCCUUGUCGUAUGCCUCUCACAGAAUCAAGUCUUGCAAGGCCACUGUAGGGCAGCUUCAAGCUAGCGCUACGGUCGGCUUGAUCACCACUAUCUGCGCCACGGGUUUAGUUUUGAAGCAUUCAGAAAUGGCAGAAUUGUGGAUCGGUUUUGACCUCGUUCACCAUCAUCUGCAAGUGGACGUACAACUUGUCGAAGCUUUGCGCCAAGGAAUAUUACUCCACUCAUCAACAAAUGGGUGUUUUGAGGAAAUCUGUCUUCUUAGUUGGGCCACGGCUGUGCUAGGACUUACUAACACGGAGACGGAGUGCUACUAUAAGUAA